GUUGAGCAAGCUUUAAUUUUGGAAAGUAACGAGGCAAAACACGAGGACGAGGGCAAAGGCAAGAGGUUGGGGGUGAGGAGGAUGUGGUGGUUGAGCAACAUCGUGAGGAAAUGAAACGAGUUCCUCCUACCGUUUCUGCAAGGAAGAGGAAGGCUGAGCAAACUUUAACUUUGGAAAGGAAACGAGGCAAAAGACGAGGACAAGGGCAAAGGCAAGAGGUUGAGGUACAUUCGGACGUAGAGGAGGAUGUGGAGGUUGAGCAACAUGUUGAGGUAGAGAAGGAUGUGGAUGUUGAGAUACAUUCGGAGGUACAGGAGGAUGAGCUACAUGCUGUUCUACGGGAGGAUGAGCCACAUGAUAAUGUAGGGGAGGAUGAGCCACAUACUGAAAUUUGUGAGGAUGAGCCACAUGUUGAUGUACGGGAGAAUGAGCGUGAAUCCGAUCAACAGGAGGACGAGGAAACGACACAAGACAGAGGACGGGGGAGAGGCCGAGGACGGGGGAGAGGACAAGGACGGGGGAGAGGGCAGGUGCCGUAUACCGAGAGUGCAGAAGAGCGCAAUGCAGCGGCUUUGGCUAUUUUGGACAGUGUUUUGGGUCGUACUAGGGCUAUGACUUCAACUUGCCCGUAUAAACUACGACAAGAACUUGUUCAAGUGCAGAGGACUUUGAGGGGAACAGAGGCUGCUGAAGCGAGCAUAGCAGGCCCUAGUUCGGAUCAUUACUCAAGUCGUUACACUAGGUGCCGGCGCCGUGACCAUACCUGA